AGUUCCGAUUACCUUGAUCAUCCACGCAUCUUUUCGAAUUACUUUAGUGAUCCCGAAGACUUGGCGACUAUAUUGCGCGGGAUACGCUUCAUCGAACGCUUAGAGCGCACAAAGGCCAUGCGGGAACUAAAUGCAACCCUGUUCCGUAUACCACUCGAGGAGUGCGAUGAGUACGAGUACCGCUCCGAAGCCUACUGGCGUUGCUACGUUAAAUACUUCGGAGAAGCGGGUUAUCACCCGACCGGCACCGUGAAAAUGGGCCCCAGUAGCGAUCGGGGUGCGUGUGUGGAUCCACGCUUACGACUUUAUGGUGUGGAGAACUUGCGAGUGGCCGAUGCCAGCAUAAUGCCCGAUGUGCCACAUGGAAAUACGAAUGCACCGACGAUUAUGAUUGGCGAAAGAGGGGCGGACUUUGUAAAACAGGAUUGGAAAGAGGAUGACCAAGGGGCGAAUGAGUCAAAGUGACGUAGUUUAAAUGCAUUAUAAGUCGAACAAUUUCUUUUACAAUCACGUUUUUUUUUAACUAAUCCUCCUCCGAAAAUAAAUGCAUAAAUUUCUAUUCA